CAUCUGCGGUAGCGUUGGGUAACUAUAGCAGCAUUCUUUCAGCGGUGAUUCUAGAUCUGUCAAAAUGUCGUACAGAGACCUAAGAAAUUUCACUGAGAUGAUGAGGGCGUUGGGUUAUCCCCGCCUCAUCUCUAUGGAGAACUUCCGCACACCCAACUUUGCUCUCGUUGCUGAGGUGCUCAUAUGGCUGGUCAAGAGGUAUGACCCUAAUGCUGACAUUCCCUCAGACACAGACUCGGAACAGGACAGAGUUAUUUUCAUCAAGUCAGCCGCACAGUUUAUGGCAACCAAGGCGCACAUCAAACUCAACACCAAGAAGCUAUAUCAGGCUGAUGGCUAUGCAGUCAAGGAACUCCUCAAGGUCACGUCGGUACUGUACAAUGCCGUGAGGACAAAGGUCGGAGGUCAAGAUGGUGAUGACGACGACGGAGCGUCGGCCAUGUCAUUUGACAUUUCAUCAAAGAUCCAAGAUUUGAAAGCGUCAAGGCAGCUCGCAUCAGAGAUCACAUCGAAAGGUGCCAGUUUAUAUGAUCUCCUAGGCAAAGAGGUUGAACUAAGAGAAAUCCGUACUAUGGCCAUCAACAAGCCACUAGAGAUUAAUGAGAUCGAGAAAGGUCUGAGGAACAGUAUCAAGGCUGUUGAGCAAAAUGUGAAGAAAACUCAGAAGAUGCUGGAGAACGUUGCAUCGGAUGAGGCAAACCUUGAGGCUAAGAUUGAGAAGAAGAGAUCAGAGAUGGAGAGGAACGAGAAGAGACUCUCAACAUUGCAGUCCGUCAGACCGGCAUUCAUGGACGAAUACGAGAAGCUAGAGGGUGAUCUUCAAAAGCAAUAUGAGGUUUUCAUUGAGAGGUACAGGAAUCUGACAUACCUAGAACACCAGCUUGAUGAGUACAGCAGAGCCGAACAAGAUAGAUUUGAGGAGACAGAAAACAGCUUGAAGCAGAUGCAGAGCAGGUUACGACAGGAGGACGACCGGAUCAAGAUGUCCGGUGAGGUCCUCGGUGACGAGGACAUGACCGGGCUGGACGUCGUGGAGGAUGCGGAGGAGAGCGAGAGCGAGGAGGAGGACGAUGAAGAGGAAGAUGAAGAGGAGACCAAUCCAGCGCAAAGACCGAGAGGGAAGUUCAGACAAGCUCCUCAACCGAAGAAUCCUAGAGUAUUUGGCAACAUGGGUGCAGGACUCAGUGAUGAUGAGAGUGGAUCCUCUGGUGACGAUGGUGACAGCAUCAGUGUGGACGAAGACGAUCUCCUGGAUGACCAGGAUGGUGACAGCGACGAUCUCAAGGUCGAUGGACCCCCGGGGAAACAACAAGACGAAGACAGCGACGAUGACUUCUAGAUAACUCUUUUAGAACUCUUAACAUGACUCGCUUCAAGAU